AUGUCCCAACGACGGCGACGCUGGCUUCUCCUCCCACACAUUUCGAUUCUGACAUGGCUGGUUUGCCUCAGCGCCGCCGCCAAAGUCCAGUUCUGCAAGAGCAACGAGGACGGUUCCGUUGAUCUGUGCCUCGCGCUGGCGUCUUAUCGGAAUGGGACGACCAACAGCAACGACGUCUACCUGCACUUAUCCUCGAAGUUCACUGGUCGUAGGGGAUGGGCGGCGUUUGGCACGGGCACGGGCAUGGACGGGUCGAUGAUGUUUAUCUUCUACCCCAGUGAGCGCGAGGGAGAUGUUACGCUGAGCGUGAGGAGUUCAAGCGGGCAUCUUCCCCCCGAAGCACACCCUGAACUCCCGUCUCAUGAGGUGAUACAAACCUCUGUGGAUGCCCAUUAUCAUGAUGUCCACGUCGUUUGUUACGCAUGUGACGGGUGGCCGGGGAAGAAAAUUAAGGUGGACACGGACCAUCAACCCUGGAUAUGGGCAACGCAUACGUCUCAGGUCAUGCAAACGGCAGAUGUGGACCAUCGGUUGGAGUACCAUGGGCAUCAUGGUCAUGGUGGAUUUUACCUCAACAUGGCCGAUGGACGCUCAGCAUCUUUUCCCAGGACUGACUUGAAGAUGCUUAUGAUCGAUAGAGGAUCAGCUCAUCCCGAAGAUCCACAGUCGAACUCUGAAAGUAUACGCCGUUUCUUGUUUCAAGUGCAUGGCUUCGUCCUUGCCGUCGUUUUCACAUUGAUCAUGCCAUUGGGAGUGGGGUUCAUUCGACAGGGGGGUGAAUCCGCAUUUUCCCGCCAUUGGGUUGUUCAAGCCAGCGCUGUUAUCGGAGCCAUAGGUGGGAUGAGCAUCGCGCUUCUAAUUUCCAAGAAAUUGAUUCAGCUGGGGGACGCGCAUGGAACACACAAGUUGAUCGGUAUAUGUCUGCUAUUGGCUAUAUUGGUGCAACCCUGCAUCGGAUAUUGGCAUCAUCUAGCGUUUCUUAAACUGAAGCGCCGGACAUCCGUCACCUAUGCCCAUAUAUAUUUUGGACGAGCUGUGCUGAUGCUUGCAUGGCUCAAUAUUGCACUAGGGCUUUACAUCGCACAUGUACCAUUUUUGAUCUGGCUUGCGUGGAUAGCAUGCAUGCUUCUCGCGAUCGUUGGAAUGCUACGGCUGCGAACCGCGUCCCGUUUGUUCAAGCGGGGAAAGAGAAAUGUAUCCAUAUCUGAGUAUGAGUUAGUGGAUGGCGAUGAAAUUUCCCCCUCUCAACCGCAGGGCCGGUCGUUUACAAACUAG